AUGAGGACUCUUCUAUUGCUUGGAGGCAUGACACCAGAUGUCACAGCCCUCUACUACAAUAUCAUCAACAAAGUCGUCAGAAUCAAACUCGGUGAUCGAGCAUCAGCCCCGUUAUAUCUGUACAGCGCCAACCUCGAAGAAAUGAUACAGCAUGCCAUGAAAGGGGACUGGGGCGAGUUCGCAAAAGUCUACAAGAAACCAAUCAGAUCCUUGAGUGACAGAGUUGAUGGCAUCGCAAUCUGUGCCAUUCUCGCACACAAGGUCGCCAAAAAGCUAUUUGAUGACUCCUCAGCGGCUCGUGUCCCACUGUUUCACAUUGCGGACUGUCUAGCACUCCACAUCACCAACAAUCAUCCAUCGAUAAAGAAUCUUGGUCUUCUCGGUCCCAAAAUUUCGAUGGUCGAUUCAGAUGACCCAGAUUUCUUUGUGGCCAUGUUACAAAAGGCCGGGUUUGAGAUCUCGAUCCCGGAAUCACCAGAGGAUAUUGAAGAGGUUAACAGAGGCAUGCUCCAAGAAGUGGCGAAAGGCGUUGCUUCUGUGACAGACUCAACAAGAAAGAUGUUUGUUCAACAAGCCAAGAAGCUCAUCGACAAGGGAGCUCAAGGCAUCAUACUGGGUAGUACGGAUCUAGGGUUUGUGCUAAAGCAAGAAGAUGUUGGAGAUGUUCCGCUGUUUGAACCAGCUGCUAUUCAUGCGCAGGAGCUAGGAAUCUGGAUCUGUGAAGGAGACGAAGACGAAUCGCCUUAG